UACGGCGUUUGGUGUUCAGGAAAUGGACCACGCUUGCGGUCAGAGGGCACAGCAGGUGUGUCGCGUGUAGGGUGGGCUAGUGAGCCGGUGCCUUCGUCGCUACAGCGAGUGCUCGCGGACCUGCGACAUGACGGCGGGCGUGCUGUGCGCCGCGGCGCUACUGCUCGUGACGUCGACGGGCGCGUUCAGCUUCCUCAACGACCAGGAGGCGCUGCUGGCGGUGGAGCUCGCAGAGAGCGACUACGUCGACAUGUGCCCCGACCACGCCAACGCCACGUGGGCCUGGCUGCUGAAUCCUUCCCGCCACAACCUCAAGCUCAAGCUGCAGGCGGACGAGGACCUGGCGCAGGCGCAGCGCUCCAACUCUGACUCCCUGCGCGAGUUCUCCGAGCCGGCCUCGCUGGAGGACGCGGGCCUCCGGGAGCGCGUGCUGCUCGCCUCCAGCCCCGGCGCCGCCGCGCUGCCGCUGCCCGACUACCGCAAGGUGAUACAGUUCGCCGCCCACAGCCUGAAUGUGACGCGGUCGCAGUCCAUCCCCUGCUACAACGUCUCGCUCCCCUGCCGCUGGGAUUGGCACAAAUCGGGGCGAGUGCUGGCGAGCAGCCACGACCCGUACCGGGCGCACCACGCGUGGCUGCAGUGGCACCGCCUGUUCACCUCCCAGGCCGCCGACUUCCGCGGCCAGCAGGAGCUGCUGCAGAGGGCCGCCGAGGGCAACGGAGCCAGCGACAUCUGGGAGUACUGGGAGCUGAUGACGGACUACCCGGAUACUGGGAGGAAUGCGAGCUCCUUGUGGGCGGGAGAGCUGCAGCGGCUGUAUGGAGACCUGCGGCAGUUCGUGCUGGCUCGGCUGCGCUUCCAGUACGGCCCUGAGAUGGUGGGCGACGAUGACCUGCUGCCGCUCCACCUGCUGGGUUCAUUUGUUGGAGAUGAUUGGCUGAGGAUAGCAGAUUUGGUGACUCCGCCAUUGGAUGAAGCCUACAAGAAUCUUAGCAAUUCAUUAAGGAAGAAGAGUUGGAAGGGGCAGCACUUGUACGGGGUUACAGCAGGCGUCGGGAGCAAGAUGGGGCUGCCGUCGCUGAAGAAGUCUCCAUUCUGGGAGAAUGCCCACUUCAACGGUAGCUGCCCGGCAGCUGUGCUUCCGUGGUGCACUGAGAAUUAUGUGAGGAUUCAAACAUGUGACGAAGUGGACGUGCACACUUAUUUGGAUGCCCACAGAGUCACCAUGCAUGCCCUUUUCCACCAGCUAUCUGUACACAAUGGCCGAUACAUCCUCCGCCAGCUGAACAGGCAUUCAGCCCUCCUAGAAGCAGUGAUGGGCCUCGGUGAGCUGUUAGCCAUGUCGCACCAGCAGCUUACAAGGCUCGGCCUCCUCGCAGAGGCUGAGGCGGACUCUGACUCGGGCACCGGGACGGGACCGGACGCACAGUUGAGGCUGCUCGUAGCUCUGCACACACUGCCCAGACUGGCACACGCAUUGGCGACCGAUAUCUGGAGAGCGGAGGGUGUUAACUCCACGUGGAACGGCGUCAGCUCGACAAUCAAAGGUGUGAGACCACCACGUGAUGUAGCAGAGUCUUGGGAAUAUGUCCAAGAUAAGAAGGUGGCCUUGAAUCAGCCGUAUCUCGGGACAGCUGCUGGGAUAAUUCUGCAGUUCCAGUUGUUUGAAAAGCUGCUCAAUGACAAUAUACAUGAUCCACAAAAUCCUGUUGACAUCAUAAAGAAAGAUGGCUUGCUAAGGAAGCUAAUGGUAGCAGGGCUGUCGGCUCCGUGGCUAGACGUCAUCAACCAGGUUAUGGGCAUAACUGAGCUAGAUGUCAAGCCCAUGCUGAGGUAUUUUGAGCCCAUCAGGUCUCUGCUGCUGCGCGACGUGGCUCCUGACACACCUCGCCUAGCAAAAUUUGAGAGGCAGGCUCUGCCACCUGACGUGACAGAGGAGAAGCCUACCGAACUGUCGGCAGUUACCGAAGCGGACACAUCUUCGACAACACAGGCCGUAUCUUCGAGGUCUCAAGAAGUGGAGGGAACGGCGAAACCGGAGGGCGACAGUCCAAAAUCUGGCCCGCUGCCCGGUACGGAACCCAAACCUGACAAUGCAGCGGGCAGCCAGGCAAUCCUGAUAGGGAGCUUAUCGCUCAUUGGAAUCGGGUUGGGAACCGGUGCGAUCCUGGCGGGGCGGCACUUCUACCGGAGGAAGAAACAGCGUGAGAGGAGGAACCGCCGGCCCACAUGACAAAAUGGCCUCACCGAGACCAGGGUCUGACGGUCAUGCUCUCUGGUCUCGGUGGGUGAACGUUUCCACAGAGCUGCGUGGGUGGUGCUGGAACUGGAACGUCACAGGGCGACCACUGUCCAGUGUUCAGAGCUGCGUUCGCCGUGCACUGGACUGUGUGCCGGUAACCUUACCGCGUGUACCGCGAGAAAAUGUGAGCCCACUUUUUGGCUCUUGUGAUCUUGUGUUCUUGUCUGUGAUAUCGCUUUUAAUGAAAUGAUAUUUAACUGUGUAAGGAUUCUCACAAAUUUCUGUGCUUUUGAGAGAUUCGAGGUUGACAUCUAUUAUGAGAGGACCAAACUUUAACUCUUGCCUUUUCAAUGCGGUAUACGCAUUAUGUUGUUGAAUUUCUGUGAAAUAAGGGCAGAACUGCUUUGCGUGCGUUUGUCAGGUGUUGCUAUUGCUGGAACACAUGUAACAGUAAACUGGUACUAGUGGGUGUUUGUGUGCAAAGUAAACUGUAAAUUGUACAUCACAAAUAGAGAAAUAGAAAUAUGUUGUACAUGAGUGAUGCAUCGCAUCUUGAAAUGAGAAUAUAUAGCGGUUUAUUUGCAACACAAUGUCUACAUUAUGUUUUUGAAUGUCUGUGAAAUAAGAAUGAAAUUUAUAAAUUGAUAUAUAUAUAUAUGUGUGUGUGUGUGUGUGUGUGUGUGUGUGUGUGUGUGUGUGUGUGUGUUUGCAUUGCCAUUGCUGAAAUACAUGUAAAAGGUUUUUAGUUAUUAGCAUGCAUAGUUGAUUAUACAAAGUUUAUAAGAAGCAGAGAAAAAGAAAUAUGUUGUAUAUGAAUGGCACAUGACAUCUUAAAAUGAGAAAUGUGACUGUUAUAUUUUGUACCCAUUUUUGAAAUUUUCAUGUAACUUUCACUAUAUUCAACUGUAAAAGUCUAACUGCCAAAUUAUAUCUUUUAAGGUGAA